AUGGGUCACAUCCAAGGAUUCGUCACUAGAGACAACUGGACUAUCUUGGACAAGGUUGAUACAACAUCUGGCCAACUGGAUGAAUCAAUGAUGAUUCUUGGUAAAUCCGUGCUCUGUGAAGAAACCUCUGUUAGUCAAGCAUCGAAUCCAAACCUCAAAAUUACAGAACUGUUGGCAAAAGACUCGAUCUUCCAUGAGGACACACUUCCCCUGCUUCCUCUUCGUUUACCUAAGAUUAACCAAUGGAUACUGUACUGGACACUUGCCGCUUCCUCAAGACAAAUCCAUACAGCUUCAAGAUCUUUUUUUACCUACAACUCAACUCAUAUGAGCAUCCGACAAGGCGGCAUAGUCAUUGAACAAGACUGCAGCAAUAUUAUUGAAGGUAUCAAGGACAACUUUCUCGCCUGGAACGAGUGCAAAGACAUGAAGGAGUCUGCUAUCACUGGUGAUAAGGGUUCUUCCUACUUUUGGAACCCUACAUUUGAGCCACUGCUCUAA